AUGCUUCGUAGAUUUGCUGUUGGGUCUACUGUUUUAGUUCACAUGCGGUUUGACGGCUCCGGUGAGGGAGAAGCACAAGAGGCUGUUCGUUACAAAAAACUCCCGUCAAGUAUGCAGCCAAAACCUUUACCAAACAAUUUCACUCCAUUUCCACUUCCUAAAUACGAUGAGGAUUUGGGAUUUGGUCCUGUACGUCUACGCAAUAUUCCUGAUAUUGAAAAGGCGAAACAGCGAGAAAAGCAAAAAGAAGUAGCCGUUAUGGAAUCUAUAAUGGAAGGGGAAAUGGGAAAUGAACAACUACAAGAGAGUUCUACUUUACAGCUACAAACAAAAAAAGAAGAAAAGGAUGAAGAAAUAUUACAUUCAUUUUCUUCUGAAGAAUUAUCUUUUUCUUCUUCAUCAGGAGAUGCAUUGGGUGGAUAUUCUGUUUCCAGUGAUUACCCGCUUAUUGAUCGUUUAUAUUGUGAACGUUCACUGGAGGAUCUUCUCUCACAGUUUAUGGAUAGACCACAAGUUGAAGCCCGUUCUGCCGCUUUAGCAGAUAUGGCUUCUACUAUUCAACACCGCACAGAUGAGGAAUUAGUGCGAAUGUUUGAAGAGAUUAGUAGUCCUUUUACCCCUGAUGGGAGAGGACUUAAUUUCCUUGGAACUGUAGUUCGUAAAUAUGGUAGACCUUUUCGAGUUACUACUUCUCUUCUUACUGCUUACGUAAAUUUGGUAAAUGCAGCUUCUGUUGUUUUUGUACAAGAACAACCUUGGAGACUUUCAAAUAAUCCAAAAUUGAUAAUACAACUUUUACAUUUUAUGGCCUUAAUUAAAAUAUUUGAACCUAAUAAAUGGUUUACUUUCUCUAAUCAUGCACCUUCUAAUCGAGCCGAUUAUAAACAUCCACGAGGAACCAAUAAAAAUACGGCCUUUUGGUGUACAGGUGAAGAUCUAUUUGAUCAUAUGCUCUGGUUAAUAGAAGAAGGAGAAGGCGAAGAAAAAUCAUUACUAUUGGAUUUAUGCAGUAAUGAUCAAUUGGUUGAUUUAUUGAAUGGUUUUGCAGCUGUGAUGCCGGAUGGUAAAGCGAUUGGUAGUGUUUUUAAUUCUAUUAUGAAGAUAUUUGUACAACGUAUACAAAUGCAUCCUAACGAUUCAUGGAAACCUGAAGAUAUAGCUACUAUUGAACGUAUGUAUUUUACAUCUGUUAUGGCUGAUUCUAGUAAUAAAGAUUUAUUAAAAUUUUUAUUAAAUAAUACUAUUUAUCCUCGAGGUGCUGAUUUCUUUGCUGCCGUUUCACGAGAGAGAGAUGAAAUGGUACAUGAAAAAGCUCUUUCAAUGUUACAGGAAUCCAUAGAUAAAUCCAAUAAAGAGGGAGAUACAUCUACUUUAUUAGCGUUACUAGAGAGUGGAUCAGAGUUGUUACUAUCAAUCUCUAAUAAAGACAUUGCGUAUAAUUUUGCGAUGAGGAAUGAGUUUGAUCAAAGGAUUCUUAAAUCUUUUACUUACUUUGAUGUUAUUGCUGAGAAACUGCAAGUAGAACAAUCACGUAUUAGUGCACAAAUUCCAGUUUCAUUACGAGAUGUACAGGUACAGUUGUGUUCUAGUAUGAGAGAAAAUGUUUUAUCUGCAUCCGAAACAAUGAAAACAUCCUUAGAUUCUCUCCCAAAUUAUUUAGCUAAACAUCCUAAACGUCGUUUUUCACAAUCUUUGAGAACAAUGUUAUCUCAAUUAGAGUAUUUAAACAGUAUGGAUUCUGUUUUUUUACUUCACUCUUCAUUAAUGACGACCUCAACAGAUCAACUUAUCUCUGCUGUACGUCGACUUCCUACUGGAAAAGAUAGUUUGAUAGUGACAUCAUCAUGUCUUCGUGAAUUGUCUGUGAAAAGUUUUACAAGUCCCAAAAUAAAGGAGCGAGAGGCAUGUAAACAAGCAUUAGAAAUUAUUGCCUAUGAAUUGGAAAAGGGACGUGUUGUGUUAGUACCAUUUAGUGAAGAGAUACGAUUACAUGAUGCGGGUGCGUAUUGUGAUGAAGAUCUUAUGCUUUGGAGUAUUGCCGCCUUUUUUGCCCGUGAACUCCCACUAGUGAAAGUCCACACACUUAUGCAUAGUGAUUGCACCGCACGUACACCAUACCGUUUCUUAAAAGGACAACAUCAUCUUCUUUCAUCUACAAACUCUUUAUAUGAUAAGGAUGCCCCACUACUGAGUGCUCUAUACAGUAAAGAACUGAAACUGGUUACUCAUCACACGAAACUUCGUACAGCUGUGCGAGAUCGUGUGAACACAUUACAUUAUUACAAUCCCGUGCGGGCUCGUUUUGUGUACCGUAGAGAUAAGGCACUCUUUGACAAGUAUCAUGUGACUGCACGUAAUCUCGCACCGGGAUUCAGUCGUGGAGGAUUAAAACACGAUUGGCGUGGACUUGGUGUGUAUACACCAGACCACCCACAGGUUCCAUAUACUCCGAUAACAAAGGUGCAGAGUGAAGAGUCGUCCGUCAACGUUUAA